AUGGAGUGGACAUCUCGACCGGCGGAGGACAGGCCACACUGGUGGGACAAGACGACGGGCGGCAUCAGCGCUGACGCGGCGCCGGCGGCGGGCGGCGACCGGCCUCCGUGGGAGCUCGGCUUCCAGCUGUCCGACCGCCAGAUCCAGUGGUCGGACAGCAUGCGCCAGGGCAUCGUGCAAGGCUUUGUGGCGCGAGAACUCGGCAUCCCCGAGGGCGAGGUCGAGCGGCGGCUCGCGCACCUCACGUCGAUGCUUCCGGACCUCGCGACGAAGCUCCCGACGAUGAAGGUCGAGGUCGUCGCCGCGCUCUGCCGCGACCAGAACACUCUCGCCGAGCGCAUGCUGGCGCUGCGCGUCGCGCUGCCGGAGGCGAACGUCUCGGUGAUGAUCGCGAACCGGCCGUCGCUCGCGCUCACCGACGACAUCGGCGUCGUCACGCAGCGCGCCGCCGCGCUGCGCGAGGCCCUCCCGCGGCUGCGCACCGACCGCAUGCUGGAGGACCACCCCGCGCUGCUGGACCUGGAGGACAUCGAGGCGGCCAUCGAGGACGUGGACCGCGUGUACGGCACCGCGGGGAUGUCGAAGGAGGCGGCCGAGGCGUCGGGGCGCGAGAAGGUGGAGGUGGACAUGCUCAUCGCCCGCAACCCCAACAUGCUGCUGUACACGCAGCGCGGCAAGGGGCUCAUCCCGUACGACGACUGA